AUGUCAAGCUCUUUUCCGAACGAGCCUUCUACUGAUCAUCAAGAAACUGCAGUGUUAGUUGAUGAAAAUGAGAAAGUUGAUAAUUCAGAAACAUUGCCUCCUCUCAAUUCUGACUCAAGUGAUAUCGAAGAAAAUUUAAAAGAAAUAGAAGAAGAACAAGAGAUAGUGUCUAAAUCAGUUAAUGUACAUACUAUAUCACCUUUACAAACAUUUGGAAUUUUAAUUAAUUAUAUUGUAGGUACUGGAGUAUUUGGAUUACCUUAUGCCUUUGAAAAUGCUGGACUUGGAUUAUCUUUAAUAACAACAUUAUUUUUUUAUUUAAUGAGUAUUGUUACAGCUAUAUGGGUUCUUGAAAAUAUGGCUCGUUCAAGUGGGGUUAUGGAAACCUAUAGAAGAAGUAGAAAUGCCCAACGACCUCAAAAUGAAAUAGAAUAUGAAGUUUAUAAUUAUACUAGAAUGUCUGCAAUAUUUUUUGGUAAAGGAGGUAAAAUGACCUCAAUUAUUAUUUUAUCAUUUUUUUGUUAUGGUGCUUUAUGGGCAUAUUCCAGUGUAUUCAGUUCUUCAGUAACAAUGAUAUUAUGGAAAUAUCCAUUAAGUAAGUUUGGUGAAUGUUCAAUUGUAAUGGGAGAUUGGGAUCUUUUUGGACCAUGUCAUUUGACUUACUUAUCUGGAAUAGUAUUGUUUGCAUUAAUUGUUAUUCCGUUGUCAUUAAUGGGAGUAGCUGAACAAGCAAUUUUACAAAACAUAUUAACAUGUUGGAGAUUUUUCUGUUUUGGAGUAAUGGCUUUAACGUGUAUAAUUCAUAUCAUUUAUAAUUCAGUAAAAGGUACUUAUGAAGUUAUUCCACCAUCAAAAUCAACAUUAACGUUCUUCAUAGAUAUUGGAGGAUUUGGAACUUUGUUUAGUUCUUGUAGUGUGGCAUUAGCAUGUCAUCAAAAUUUACCAGAUGUUGUGACUCCAACAAAACCAAAAAAUCAUCUUAGAAGAAUUGUUGUAUUAGGAAUUACUACUGCAACCAUUUUAUAUGUAAUUAUUGGAUUUGCUUGUUCAUUUUGUUUUGGAGAUGCAACAAGAACACCUGUAACUCAUAAUUGGUUAGGUUUUACUGGAUGUAAUGGUGGAUUUGGAGUAUGUGAUGAUGGUAGUUCUGCAAAAUGGUAUGGAGUAGUUGUUCAAUGGGUAAUAUUAUUAUUCCCAGCAAUUAACUUAACAUCAGAAUAUCCAUUAGUUUGUGUAACAUUAUCUUCUAAUUUACUUCAAAUGAUUCCAAAACAAUGGAAAGAAAAAAGUCCUAAAAUAUGGUUAUAUUCUAGUCGUUUAGUUGCAGCUGUUCCUCCUCUAAUUGCUGGUGCAAUUAAAGGAGAUUUAGAAGUUAUUUUCAAUUUUGCAGGAAUUUUUGGAUUCUUUUUAUUAUUCAUUAUCCCAGGAGUAUUACAAAUAUAUAGUAAAUUUAUUAUAAGAAGAAAAUGGGGAAGUAAAACAUAUGUCACUUCAUUUAGUGGUAAAUAUUCAUCAUCAUAUUGGGCAUGGCCAAUUUUGAUAAUUGCUAUUAUAUGUUUUUCAUUUGCAUUAGUUCAAUUUGUUGCUGAUGUAAUUGGACUAAGUUGGUUCUAA